ACCCUUUUAUCUCCACCUCCUGCUGAGGACACAACCAGCCAGUGAGGAUGGCAUCCUCCCCUGUGCUUCCCCAACGCCCUCUGGAUCUACUACAGCAAAGAAGAGCGCUGGUCUGCAGACAUCAUCCAGCUAUCGGGAGGUGGACAUGCUCCAACUGUCCUACACAAACGGCAGGGGACAUCAUCAUGUGGCGUGUUUUGUGUGCAAGCUGUUUUUUCCUGAAGCUCAAAGAAACAUGUUGAUUUACAACAGAGCCCUGAUUGCCUCGGUUGUUUUCCAACUCAGGAUUCGGACAUCAGUGAAUGCAACACCAGAACGUGUUGCUGAAAAAUGUUCAGGCUGCUGUGGGAACUUCUGACGGUCAGCUAUGAUUUUAGGAUUAGGGCUCAGCGUUUGUUCAUUGUGUAAAUAUGCCUGAGUCUGUUUUUGAGUUUAUGCUCAUUUUGUAAAUUUGAGCCUGCUAGCGAACACAGUUUCCACCCCUGGAUAACAGAUCCAGAUGUUUUUCCUUCAAGUUUGAGUUUCUUAAUGAGGAAUAUGGAGCAGAAUGAGGUGCAGCUGGGGUUUAAAGUGUUAAAGGUCCUGAAACCUGUGGAUUUAUGGAUCUCUCCCUCCUGCAGCUCCGCAGGGUUUUACAUGUUUACAUGUUCAUCACAUCUGGGGUCAGGAGGCCCUGCGUGCCUGCAGCGGCGGGACAGGCGUCUGCAUGUCUGCUGUCAGGACGGACACAUAAAUACCUGGUCGUCCAGAUGCUGCCUUCACUGUCGGACUGUCUGCAGGUGGAAGACAGAAGAGGAAGCUGAGAGACGCCAACAUGGUCCCACUGAGGCUGGUCGCCUUCGGCUUGCUGGCUGCAGCUUGGUAUUUCACUCGUGCUGCUGAGGGAAAGGUCAUCUACGCCUGUCUCAAUGACACCGCUGAGAUGUUAUGUGAUGUUGGCAGAAAGAUAAAGCUGCAACACAUCCUGUAUAAGGUCGGAGUGGGGACCAGGUGUGGGCAGGGAAAAGCCCAACCAGACGACGGACCCGACACCUUCUGCUCCUUCCCCUGGGCUGAGAUGGUGGUGGAGGAUCUCUGUGGUAACAGGAGAUCCUGUGAGGUCCCGGUCACUGAGCGGGUGUUUGGCGAAUAUCCCUGUAAGGAGCAGACCAGGUACCUGGAGGUGUCCUACACCUGCGCCACACCAACACCGCCACCUCCUCCUCCACCACCUCCAACCAAACCUGACUGUAAAGAAAAACCAGCCGGUGAAGCCUGACGUUUUAAAAACUGUAUUGUUCAUCACUGUGGAACAGAACAGCAUGAAGAUGUUGUCCCGUCACACCUGUUUGUUCUUCACUGUCAAACAAACUUAGAAGCUUCAGCCGGGUUCAGAGAGGAGGCCUGAGUGUUUGGAUUCAUGUAUCUGAAUGUGUAAAAGAUAUUUGGGCUUAUUUACUCAAGAAGGAUUUUAAGUCUGUGAAAUAAAAGUUUUCCUUCAACAUUCA